AUGACUUCUAAAAAUGAAGUGGAUGAUGAAUGGGAUGCCAAGGCACUAUAUGCCAUAGGAGAGAAUAUGACUAAAAGAGGAAGGAUAAAGUUCGAGGAGGCUAGGGCAAAUGGAGGAUACACCAAGGCAUUAGUUGAUACUCGUGCAUCUUAUAAUUUCCUUACUGAAGAUGAAGCUAGGAAGUUGGGUAUUAAAUAUACCAAAAAUCCAGGUUGGUUCAAUGUCAUCAACUCUUUAAAGAAUAUUAUCAUUAGUGUUGUAUUUGGAGUACACCUUAAGAUACCAGAAUGGGAAGACACCAUAGACUUGACAGUGAGUCGUGUUCAACAACAGCUACAUGAGAUGUGUAAACAUGUUAUGGAUAGAAGCCAAGGCCAAUUAGUUGAUAUCACUAUUAUGGAAUUUGGUGAUAAUGAGCUUCUUCGGUAUGCUGCUGAUAGAUCAAGUCAGCUAAGGUCUUUUGGAAUCUCAUUUUGUUACAAUGAUGCAUAUGAAAGUUGGACCAGAGCUUUGAGGAAGUUUGCAUUGUUAGAGGAACUGAGUAUCUACAUAACAAAUAUCCCGAAAGAAGCUAUUGAAACUGAUGGAUGUUAUUACCCCUUACUAAAAACAAUGAAAUUGAAUGACACCCCAUUGAGAUAUGGGGAACACCCAAUGACUCGUAAUGAGAUAGCAAUAACUAUAAGAGUGAACUUACUCGAGUUAAGAGACCUUGAACUAUUGGAAACAAUCUCACAAAUAUUGGGUUGGACGUGA